UGGGCUCACACCCUGGCAUUUGGCACGCCAAAACCAUUUCCGCGGGUUUCCGCGGGUUAGCCAUGGCCUCGGGGAAUGGCUGCGAAUGCUUCGACUGGAUCUUCAGAAGGCGGAUCGAGGAGGCCCCCGUGCCUGCCAGGCAGGCGCCCAGUCCGGUGGCGCGGCCCAGGGCCUUCAGCGACAACCCGGUGCUCUACGCGCCUUUGGUGAUGGCGGUGGGCCGCGUGCGCCUCAACGUGCCCGUGAAGCCGCUGCAAGAGAAGACCUUCAGCAUGGAGAUCUGCGGAAUGGCAGGCGUGCCGCUGCUGAAGGUGGACCUCCGGGAGGAGCGCCUGGAGAUCUCUCUACACUCCGUGGGCACGCUCCUGGCGAUUGUCACCUCCGCCAAGCAGGUCAUGGGCCUCCUGGAGGAGGAGCCCUGGGUGCUGGGCACCCUGGUGAAGGAGGCCGACGGCGAGCGCCACGCGCUGCGCGAUGAGUCGGGCCGGAUGCUGCUGGAAAUUACCAGCCAGGAGGGGGAGCACAAGAUGACCUGCGACUCCGAGGGUGAAACCUUGGAGAGGGGUACCGCGGUGUGGCGAGCGCCCACGGACCGGGUGCCGCUGGAGCACUUCGAGGUUACGGCGCAGCCCAACGUGGAUGGGGUACUUUUGGUCGCCUGCUUCCUGGCGGUGACCAUCUUUUAGCUCUUGGAGAGUUGGGAAGCUGUUGAGUGCCUGCCAAAUGGGUGUUAUCCCUGGGCCCAAACAAAUGGG